AUGUCUGAUGUCAAAGUCGAAAUUGACCGUUCCUCCACAGACGGAACUUUCACAAACCAUGAUAUCAUCAGAGGUAAAGUGACCCUUGUUGUCACGAAAGCAAUCACCUUGAACUGGAUUCAAGUGAAGCUAGAAGGCAUAUCAUCCACGCAAUUGAAUAUUCCACGAACCCAGAGUAAUGGUAAACGAGAUAAAGACCGCAAGGAUAAGAUUAUACGAGACCAGCACAAGGUCCUUUACGAUACACAGAUUGUGUUUCCUCCAGAUAAUGUACGACAAGUAUCUCAAGCCAAGGACUUCACUUUAGCCCCUGGGAAUUACUCGUAUGCCUUUGAGUUCAAGAUCCCCUUAAAUAACUCCUGUGUCAAGUCCGGUGGUAUAACCAAUAAAGUGUCACUAAACUUGAAAACAUUUGACGUUAUGCUAAACAAUGGGAAUUUCAAUACGACUUUUGUGAAAAAUAGGGCCCAACUGAUGGCCAGCGAAUUUGGAUUUCCAGGGGCAAGCGGGGGUGGAGCGGGAGGAAGUGGUAAUUCAGGAGGUGCCAAUGGUAAAAGAAAAGGAUCAUUCACUCCUCCUCCUCCCAAGCAAAGCUAUCACAUCACUUCGCAACUACCACCGUCAUUAUCCGGAAUUGGUGAAUUUGCCAAUGUCAAGUACUUUAUCAAAGUCACAUGCAAGAGGUCAUCCUUCCUCAAAACUAAUCUACGAGCCUACGAUCCAUUCAUAUUUUUGCCGUUGGAUUUGGAUGUUCAGAAUCGCCCAUUACUUGGUAAUCAACAAUUUGACCUCGAAUAUAAGGAAGCUUUUGUGAGAAAGGAAUUGACUUUUAGAAACAGAAUACCAGAAAUUGUUGCAGUUAAAGUUGCACCUAGUCCGAAGAAGUCGUCGGAAAAGAAGGCAUUACCUGUUGUACCUCCUCCAUCUCAGCAAGCACCACCAAAGAAACAAGGGUUUAUGCUGAGAUUGUUUGGCGUUCCAGAUUCUCCCUCGUCAUCUACCUCAAAUGUUACUCCAAGCUACCCUACGAGAACUCAACAGAAACCAAGAAGAAGAAAUAAUGUACCGGAGAUCAAGUCCAAGGAUGUUCCAUUCUCCUUUGAGAUUAGGUUCAGGUAUCCGGCAUUUCUUAUACCCACAAAACCACCAUCUUUUAAACUCUAUCUCAUAUCCAAUCUCGACCCAUCAAGGUAUACAUUGGCAGAAUAUGGAAGACCGGAUGAGUCCAAUGGACUUGGUAUCAUCUACUUGCAAAAACUCACAGUCAAACUUACUUCAAUCACUCUUGUUUCUGUUGUUGAAAAUGACGGGGCUUCAAAUGAGUACCAUUUGGGUCAACACGAAGAGGUCAUGACCGUUUGUAACAACACGUAUCAAAACUUGAAGUUUGAUUUAAUGCAUGGUAAAGUCAACCCAAAUGCAUCUAAUUCAUCUACAUCACCACAAUCUUCAACCAGCUUGCAUUCACCAGGUGGGUCAGUUUAUGAAAUUGAGAUACCUCGCAAAUACUUUGACAAUUGCAUCUUGCCUGAUCAUUUAUCACCAAGCUUUAAAACCUGUAAUAUCACAAGGAAGUAUAUCCUUAGUGUAGUUGGUGGGUUUUCGUGUGAGCAAAUUCAUGACUUUAGAGAUAAACAAGAAUGUGCUAAAAAGAUCAAGUAUGUUGAUUUGCAGUGUGAUAAUAUCAAAGUACUUAGUGGAUUGAAUAUGACAAGUACUUUGCAAUCCAAUGCGUCACGAUCGUCAAUUCCCUUGAAUAACGGUGGUGGUGGUGGUGUUACUCCUGGCAUCUCCCAUAGUCAUUCCGCACUGAAAUUGCCGACUCCUAUGACCACUGCCUCAAAUCCACCCACAUUACCUCCCAAGAGUUCUGAAAGACUGUACUCACAUUCAUCAGUAACACCGUCCAGUAAUGGACAUACUAGUUAUAGCUCAGUUGGUAAUGGUGGAGUGUCAGUUGCAGUUCCCGGUAGCAGUGAUGGUAGUUCCCCACAUGGUGGUGUUGGCGACAAUGGAGCGCUAGCUGCAGCAAAUGCCGCUAUGCUUCCAACUUAUGAAGAUGUGGUCUUGGAAAGCUCUUAUCAAGAUGAUAGUGAGCAUCAACGAGCAAGAAGACGGUAUCAUCAACAUGAACAGUAUUAUUCGAAUCCAGAGUAA